CCUCAAUUGCGUUUAUAAGUAGGCCUGUUGAGGCCCCCAAGUUCUUAGCAAGAAAUGGGCUCGAACACGGCCGUGUUGCUUGUGUUCCUGGCCGUGUUCUGCACAGCCUACGCUGGUUGUGCGGCACAGACAGCUUGGCUGUCUGUGAAUGCUUCGGGCAAUUAUGGAAGAAAGAUUUCUCCGAGGAUGUUUGGAAUAAGCUUUGAGGAGAUCAAUCAUUCCGGCGCCGGGGGACUUUGGGCGGAGCUUGUCUGCAACAGAGGAUUUGAAGCUGGAGGCCAGAACACGCCGUCCAAUAUUGAUCCUUGGACUGUUGUUGGUGACGAAUCAUUGAUUGAUGUAUCUACGGACCGCUCGUCCUGUUUUGAAAGGAAUAAGGUUGCUCUAAAAAUGGAUGUUUUGUGCGAUUCUGCCGAGGCUGCCAAUGCUUGUCCGGCUAGUGGCGUUGGUGUUUACAACCCCGGGUUUUGGGGGAUGAACAUCGAACGAGGAAGCGUGUAUAAGGUUACACUUUAUGUCCGUGCGAUGCAACCGGUUGAGAUGUUGGUUUCGUUUGUUGGUUCGAAUGGGUUGCAGACGUUGGCGACAGCUGAUAUAAUAAUCGACAAUGCUUCGAACUGGACGAAGAAGGAGGUUAUGUUGGAAGCGAAGGGAACGGAUCCGAAUUCAAGAUUGCAGGUGACGACAACGAGAAAGGGUACAAUAUGGCUCGAUCAAGUCUCGGCCAUGCCUUCGAGCACAUACAAGGGACAUGGAUUUCGACACGAUCUUUUCGACAUGCUUGCUGAUCUAAAGCCGGGAUUCUUUCGAUUUCCAGGCGGUUCAUUUGUCGAAGGAGACCGGUUGCAGAAUGCAUUUCGAUGGAAAGAAACUGUAGGGCCUUGGGAGGAAAGACCGGGACACUUCGGGGACGUCUGGCAAUAUUGGACCGACGAUGGCCUCGGUUUCUUCGAGUACCUGCAACUCGCAGAGGAUUUAGGCGCUGCCCCGAUUUGGGUGUUCAACAUCGGUAUCAGCCGUAACGAUCAAGUUGACACGCUGAUUCUUUCGCCUUUCGUGCAAAAUGUUGUUAAUGCUAUUGAGUUUGCUCGGGGAGACCCGACUUCUAAAUGGGGUUCGAUUCGAGCUUCCAUGGGUCACCCGGAGCCUUUUGACUUGCGCUAUCUGGCUUCCGGGAAUCAAGAUUGUUGGAACAAGAACUAUCGUGGUAAUUACAUGAAGUUUUACACGGCUAUAAAAGAUGCUUAUCCGGACAUCCAAAUAAUCUCGAAUUGCGAUGGAUCUGUUGCUCGGUUGGAUCACCCCGCGGAUUUGUACGACUUCCAUGUUUAUACGAAUGCGUAUUCCAUGUUUUCGAUGGCUAGCUACUUUGAUCAAAAGGCACGAGUUGGCCCCAAGGCAUUCGUGAGCGAGUAUGCGGUGAAUGGCAACGAUGCAGGUAACGGGAAUCUUUUGAAAGCGCUCGCCGAAGCUGGAUUUCUUCUUGGCCUCGAGAAAAACAGCGAUAUCGUGGAAAUGGCAAGCAAUGCUCCUCUCUUUGUGAAUAACAACGAUAGGAGGUUCAAUCCGGAUGCUAUAGUGUUCGACUCUUCAAGAGCAUACGGUACGCCAAGUUAUUGGAUGCAACAUUUUUUCAAAGAAUCCAACACCGCCAUUCUAUUCGAUUCAAAGCUCCAAGCCCCUUCGUCAACUUCUCUUAUUGCAUCCGCAAUUUCUUGGAUAAGUCCCGACAAUAAUAAACGCUACAUAAGAAUAAAGGUUGUCAAUUUGGGAAGCAAUGUUGUCACUCUAAGAUUUUCGAUCGAUGGCUUGGCCCUGAAUUCGAUAGAAGCAAACGGGUCGAGAGUUACUACGAUGACAUCUACUAACAAGAUGGCCGAAAAUUCUUUCAAUGCCCCGAUGAAUGUGGUUCCGGUUACGGCUCCCCUCAGAAACCCGAGCAGCAAGAUGAAUAUCGCGUUGCCUUCGUUUUCUUUAACUUGCGUCGACUUGUUAACAAAUACGAAUGCUCUCCGGGUUUCACAUUCCGACGCUGCUCUUCGAACGUCGAUGUAGUCGUAAUUAGGACAUAAACAACUGUUUCUCGAUUCUUAUUGGAAUUAAAUCAGCAUGUGAUGCACAAUAUUUGUGCUAUGUUACCAUGUGUUGUGUAAAUUCUUAUUAUGUAUUGUUGUAUUGUAGUCUCUCCAAUAUAUUUGCAUAUGAAGCAUUGUUUAAAGAUGAAAUAAGUAUAUUAUUUAAUGAGAUUAUUAAUUAAUUUGA